AUGCCGUUUGUUUUGAUUGUUUAUGGAGAAUAUUUAACGGUUUUGAUCGAAAGGCACAUGCCUAAAAAUACGACAAUAGUUAAUGAUAAAUUAUACAUGACUUGGUUUAAAAACGUAGAUUGGAAUGAAACAAAUAACGAAAGCAAAUCCGAUGCUAUAAGAAACGAUUCUUUGGCUUUUGGUGUACUAUUCAUAAUAAUAUCGAUUGUACAAUUUUUAGUAUCUUUUAUGUUUGUCACGUCUUUAAAUUAUUAUGCUCUACUUCAAACAUCAAAACUCAGACGUAAAUUUUUCAAAUCGAUAUUAAGCCAAGACAUGAGUUGGUUCGAUAAAAACAACACAAAUACUCUUCCGAGUAAAAUGAUAGAAUCCGUGGAUAAAAUACAAGAAGGAAUCGGUGAAAAAAUAGGAAUAUUUAUUAAUUUAAUGACGAGUUUUUUGUCUUGCGUCACGAUGGCUUUUUUCUACGGUUGGAAAUUAACGUUGGCCAUGCUUGCUUGCGCUCCCAUUUUAACAAUAUCUCAAGCUAUGAUGUGUAAAAUUCAAACGAGUUUAAAAGAAAAAGAAAUGGAAGCUUACGGUAAAGCCGGUAGCGUGGCACAAGAAGUUAUAAACGCGAUAAAAACCGUCGUCGCAUUUAACGGUCAAGAAAAAGAAGUGAAAAGAUUUAACGAUGAAUUGAUCGAUUCGGAAAAAGCUGGAAUAAAACGUGGAUUAUUAACUGGCGUGGGUGGAGGUUUGAUGUGGUUUGUCACAUUUGCAUGUUACGCUCUCGGUUUUUGGUACGGUACUUAUUUAAUAUUAAUAUCGAGAUCGGAAAAUAAUUCUGAAUACACGCCUGCAACUCUUCUCAUCACAAUGUUUGGAGUCGUGGUCGGAGCGAUUAAUCUCGGUCAAUCGGCUCCUUUUUUCGAAGCAUUUACCGCAGCCAAAGGAGCAGGUUCAUCCGUUUUUAACAUUUUAAAAAAUUCCACGGAAAUCAAUUCGUUUUCGGAUAAAGGAAAAAUUUUACCUUUCGUAAAAGGAGAAAUUAAAUUUAAAAAUGUUUUUUUCAAGUAUCCGUCGAGACCGGGAGUCGAGGUUUUAAAAAAUUUUAAUAUUAAUUUAAAAUCCGGAGAAGUUGUUGCAUUGGUUGGAACUUCUGGUUGUGGUAAAACGACAACUUUGCAGCUUCUUCAACGUUUUUACGAUCCGACGGAGGGUUCGAUCGAAUUGGAUGGGAUAAACAUAAAAGAUUUAAAUUUACCCUGGUUACGUCAGCAAAUUGGAAUCGUGGGACAAGAACCGGUAUUAUUUGCCACGACGAUUUACGAAAAUAUAAAAUUCGGUUUGAUGUCUGCAACGAAAGAAGAUGUCGAAAAUGCUGCCAAGUUAGCCGAUGCCCACGAUUUCAUAAUGAAACUUCCAGACGGAUAUCAAACGAUGCUCAAUUCGAAAGGUGCUUUGAUAUCUGGAGGACAAAAGCAAAGAAUUGCAAUUGCCAGAGCAUUGAUUCGAAAUCCUAAAAUUCUUUUGCUGGAUGAAGCAACGAGUGCAUUGGAUUCUUCCAGUGAAAAUAAAGUUCAAGAAACUUUAAACAAAGCUGUAAAAGGUAGAACAACUUUGAUAAUAACUCAUAAACUUUCGACGAUAUCAGAAGCGGAUAAAAUUAUCGUUGUAUCGAAUGGAGUCGUGGUAGAAGAAGGAAAACACGACGAUUUAUUAAAACUCAACAACGGACAUUAUUUUAAAUUUUUACAAAUGCAAAAAAAACACGAGGAAAAUAACAUUUUGGAUUUAAAUUUCGACGGUGAUGAUGAUGGUGAUGUUGAUAAAGGAUCGGAAACGAAUAAUUUAAAUAAUGAAAAAUUACAACCGGUUUUGGAAAAUGAUUUCCCACGGAAAAAUGUCGAAAAAGAAAAUUUGAAAAAGGUUUCUUUUUUAAACAUAUUCAAAUAUAACAAAUCGGAAUGGUGGGCAAUUUUUAUUGGAAUUUCAUGUACGAUAAUCGUCGGAGCGAAUCCUCCGGUUUUAUUAUUUAUUUACGCUGAACUUUAUAAGAUUCUUUCAUACGAGGAUUCGAAUUAUGUUUUACAAAUAUCCGGUUAUUAUGCAGGCGUCCUCUUCGUUUUGGGAAUAGUUUUUGGAGCGGCAAGUUUUUUACAAUCUUACAUGCUCAAUUAUUCCGGAGUUUUGCUCACGACACGUUUUAGAAAAUUACUUUUCGCUGCCAUACUACGACAGGAACCUGGAUGGUUCGACGACGAAAACAAUCAACCGGGUUCACUUUGCGUUAAAUUAUCGAGCGACGCAUCGAAAAUUCAAGGUGCUUCAGGUUCAAGAAUAGGUGUCAUAACGCAAUCUCUCACUACGAUUUUAUUGGGUGCCGCGAUUGGAUUUUUUUAUUCGUGGAAAUUGUGUUUGGUCACUUUAGUAUUCGCGCCGACAAUUUUUUUCGGAAUGUAUUUCGAGGGUAAAAUAAUCGAAGGACAAUCGGUUUUAGAAAAGAAAUCACUUGAAAAAGCUGCCAAAGUAACCGUCGAAGCCAUAUCCAACAUUCGAACCGUCAUGAGUUUGGGAAGGGAAAAAUAUUUUUUAGAUUGUUACGAUAGAGAAUUAUUGACGAGCGAAGAAAAAAUGAAAUCGAGAUGUAAAAUAAGAGCUGGAAUUUACGCUUCGAGUUUUGCCGCGACAUAUUUAGGCUACGGCAUAUCACUUUGGUACGGUGGAAUAUUAAUAUCGAACGAAGAGCUCGAAUAUCAAAAUGCCAUCAAAGUAUGUGAAAUAUUACUCUUCGGAAUGUAUCUUUUGGGACAAACAUUAGCAUUCGCGCCAAAUUUCGGAGAAGCUAAAAUAUCCGCGUCUAGAUUAUUCGAAAUAUUAGAAAGGGAUUCAAAUUUAAAAAAUGGAGGAGAUUUGAUAAAGGAAAAAAAUUGGAAAUGCAAAGGAAAAAUUAAUUAUUCUCAGAUAGAAUUUUCAUAUCCUAAACGACCUAAUGUAGAAAUAUUAAAAGGCUUGAAUUUAAAUGUAGAAAAUUGUAGUUCGAUAGCAAUUGUCGGACCGAGCGGAUGUGGUAAAUCAACUCUAUUACAAUUACUACAAAGGCUAUACGAUCCGAAAAGCGGAAAUAUUUAUUUGGAUGACGAAAAUAUAUCCCGUUUUGUAAUUUCUGCAUUAAGGCAUCAAAUUGGAAUAGUUUCACAAGAACCCGUUUUAUUCGACAGAACAAUUUUCGAAAACAUUGCCUACGGUGAUAAUUCGAGAAAAAUAACGGAAAGGGAAAUAAUAAACGCAGCUAAAAGUGCAAACAUACACGAUUUCAUAUCGUCAUUACCAUUGGGAUACGAAACAAAAGUCGGAACGGGGGGCGGUCAUUUAUCCGGAGGACAAAAACAAAGAAUAGCCAUAGCUAGAGCGUUGAUAAAAAAUCCAAAAAUACUUUUAUUGGAUGAAGCGACGAGCGCGUUGGAUGCUGAAAGCGAAUCCGCCGUUCAAAAUACGUUGGAUGAAGCGUCAGCAGGACGAACGACGAUAACGGUAAGUCACAGAUUAAGCGCUAUUAAAAAAUCGCAAAUUAUUUAUCGUUUGAAAGAUGGCCGAUUGCGCGUUUUAAAUCGGAAAAAUAAUAUUUAA